GACAAUUUAGAUAGCAUUAAAGCUGCUUCACAGCACCAGGUUUUGGAAAUAUUAUAAUAUACUUACUCAAAAUGUCGUUAAACCGAAGGACUGUUAUUCUUUCGCUGGGUUAUUUGAAGCUGGUACUUAUAAAUUUAUUAGGACUGGGUUUUCAAAUCAAGUUCUUUUACACUCUGCUUGCACACUUCAUAAACUCAGAGUACGGCAUACACUGGCCUUUCUUAGCUAUGUCCAUAGCAACACUAGCAGUACUUCUCGUAGACACCAUUUUCUGCGUUGUGCUGCUGGUCGGUGGACAUAAGGGGAGUCGAUCUGUCCUACGUGUGUACUUCUGGUUGGCGAUAGUCGGCGUGAUUGUGGCAAUACUGCGCACAGGUUAUGUCGUGGCAAACAACGUCGCUGUUAUCAUGACCGCUCCGGCUGUUGUGGUACAGGACGUUCUGCACAACCCUCAAGUUUAUGCAGGGAUAUUUUGGUUCGGCCUUGUGGACAUUGCUAUACAAAUAACUCUUCUAGUUUUUGUGAGAAGAGAAAUUAAAAGCAUAGAAAGGACUAUAAAGGCGGAAGCCCAGGAAGCUGAACUUCAAACAGUGUAACUUCGGAUUCACACCCCUCUCC